AUGGAAUUCAGACUUGACACGUCAGCUUACAGGGGUUCAGAAGUAUGCCCGUGUAAGCCCUCGACACUGGGCUCAAUUGCCACCCCAGAAGCUGAUUUCGCUGCUACUUUGGAGAAAUAUGCCGCCGAAUGCAAGAAACGUCUUCGCCCCGACGGGGCCACACAAUACGCCGACAUCGCCCUCUCCGACAAACUCAAGCAUUUCGCAGAAGACCCCUGGAUCCGCGGUGACGAGAACCAAAGGCAGAAUCCUUACCUGUCGCAGCCCGCCCCAGUAGCGAACGGCGGCAAGACGAAGGUGGUUAUCACCGGCGCCGGGUUCAGCGCUCUCACCUUCGCUGUUCGACUGAUCCAAACGGUCGGGUUCAAAGCAGACGACUUCGUCUUUGUGGACUCGGCCUGGGGUUUCGGUGGAACGUGGUACUGGAAUCGGUACCCCGGCCUGAUGUGUGAUGUCGAAAGCGCCUGCUACCUGCCUCUGCUUGAUGAGAUCGAGUACAUACCCAAGCAUCGCUACUCGUACGGCCCAGAGCUGAGACACUAUGUCGAUCUGCUGGUGGAGAAGUAUGGGUUCCAGAGUCGUCCUCUCUUCGGUAGUACGAUCAAAGAAAGCGUCUGGAGCGAGGAUAGUUGCGAGUGGUCCACUACCGUGAUCCGGAAGCACCCCAUCGGUAACAGCAUCGAGGAAACUUAUGUGGUCCGCUCGGACUUCGUCAUCCUGGCAUCGGGAUUCCUGAAUCGUCCGAAACUACCACGUCUGCCAGGCCUCGACGUCUAUGGCGGACACAUGUUCCAUACUUCCCGCUGGGACUACGAAUACACUGGUGGAUCUCCGGAAGACCCGACUCUGAGCCUUCUUCGCGGAAAGCGAGUCGCUUUCCUAGGCACCGGGGCCACGGGCAUCCAGGUCGUUCCUCAGCUAGCCCGAUGGGCCGGCGAGGUGUUUGUUUUCCAGCGGACCCCGUCAGCCGUGGACGUGCGUGGGCAGAAGGAAAUCGACCCGGAGGAAUGGCGACGGGAUGUCACCCUAGGCAGAAGUCGCUGGCAGCAAGAGCGCAGGGAUAACAUGGCAGCGUUCAUCUCUCGGAUCCCCGAUCUCCCGGCGAAGAACAUGGUGGACGACGGGUGGACGAAUUUCCCGUCGUAUUCAGCCGUGCUUGGAGGACCGGCAGUGCAGUCGUUGACAGCCACAAAUGUGGCCGAGUAUGCCGAGACCCUUAACCGACUGGAUUUGCAGCGUCAGGAGCGCAUUCGCCAGAGAGUCGACGCCGUCGUGAAGGAUCCGGUUACGGCGGAGAGCCUGAAGCCAUGGUAUCAAGGCUGGUGCAAGCGACCUUGCUUCCAUGACGACUAUCUAGACGCGUUCAAUGAGCCGAACGUGCACCUGGUAGACACCGGCGGGAAGGGCAUUGAUGGAUUUUCGCCACGCGGGGUGCGAUUCAACGGACAGGAGUACGAUGUCGAUGUAGUCAUCCUAGGAACAGGCUUCGAGGCUUUCUCGGCCAGCGGCCCGGCAUUCAGAGCCCGAAUUGAGGUGAAGGGCCGGGACGGAGUAUCCCUGGACGACAAAUGGAAGAAGGGAGCCGGCACGCUCCACGGGGUGCUCAGCCACGGGUUUCCCAAUCUCGUGUUGACAGGAUUCGCACAAGCCGGGACUGCGGUGAAUGCCAUGCAUAUUAUGGAUGUGCUGGCGUCUCAUACGGCACGAAUUAUUGCAGCAGCACAAGAGCAUGCGGGUUCGUCGAAACGGCCGGUUCUUGAACCAACUUUCGAAGCCGAGGAGGCCUGGGCUGUGGCUGUAGCGGGCAACGCCUACGCCUACGCCGCGGUCUCUGGUUGUACUCCUGGCUAUAUCAAUGGUGAAGGGGCCUGGAACCGUGUUCAGACCCCGGAAGAACAGAUAAAGGCAGCGCGAUCGAUCCCUUGGGGCAGAGGAAUGUUGGAUUACCUGGAUAUUUUGGCAGCCUGGCAUAAGGGUGAUAGGAUGUCUGACCUCCACGUUAGGGGAGCUGCUUAAGAAUGUCUGCCUGGCGAGAAGAUGUAGGGUAAAGAUAAUGAAUUUCAAGGCCAAUGGAACAGUUCUGAUCACGAAAAUCAACCUGCAAGUAUAGAGUAGUUUGACAUCACAUGAUUUCAUGAUAACCUAGGAA